GUGCGUAGUUUUCAGCCAGAGGCAGGUGUUCUCACUCCACACAAACCAAACGAUUUAUAUAUUAAGUAAAUUAGUUUAAGGUCUUUGUUAUAAAUCACCAAAAAUUCCUUCAUUACAACGGUUUUGGGCGUAAAUACGAGCUUAUAUACUUUUUAUCGCCAUUUGAUUAAAAAAAUCGAUAUUAUUCUACAUAUUGUGAAUGAUAAAAGGCAAACUUGCUAAUUUAAAAGCAUCCAACUUUGCGAUAAUCAAACACCUAAAGCGCCAUUUCGACUUCUUAUUAACGGCUAUAACUAUUUUUAUUUUGUGAUAGUGUAGAUCUUUUUGUAAAAUCUACUGAAGAUGUUAGUAUAGAAUUCAAUACCCCAAAAGUUCUUAUUGUAAAUUUCAAAAGAAAGUUGAAGUGUAAAGUUUUCGUAUUAUUUUUUGCCACUGAAAGACCAAUUUACAUACAAAUAUAGAAUUUUUGGAAAGAGCUUCCCCGCAUUAUCAUGGAUUUCGAAGACGCUAAAGAGAAUAUACAACCAUUAGCAGCUGGUAGGAAUGCCAGUAUUUUACAUGCCUCGUUGCGGGUGGAGUCACCGCAGGAGUUAUUAGCUCAACGUCGCGAAUUAGAGCAGGCUAUUCAUGGAUACAAUGGAGAUGAUCCACUAGAACCUUGGUAUUCUUAUAUUAGCUGGAUUGAGCAAAGUUUUCCUUCUGGAGGCAAAGAGUCUGGCCUAGAAGAGGUUUUAACGAAAUGUUUAUCUCGUUUCGAGAACGAAGAAAAAUAUUUCCAAGAUAGGCGUAUGAUUAAAUUGUAUAUGAAGUUUAUUGAUAGCCAUCAGCAUCCUAUGGAAUGUUAUCAACAGUUGUUUAAUGCAGGAAUCGGUACAAUGGUUGCAGAUUUUUACAUUUGCUGGGCAUACCAUUACGAUUCAUGCGGCAAUACCCGUAAAGCGGAUGAAAUUUUUCGUAGGGGUAUUGCCUGCCGUGCACAACCGUUAGAUGAAUUGCAAGAAGCCCAUCAGCAUUUUGGCUUCUCUGUAGCCCAACGUUUGAUGUAUCAAGACGAUGAAGAUGUAAAAGAAAGCACUAAACGUCAAUUUGAAGAGAGACGCUUAGCUUUAACAUCUCUACGUGGUCAUCGGCGAAAAGCAAUUGUAGGAAGUAUACGGACAGGAUCUGCGGUCAAGAGUCUUGCACCGGGCACUGUUCAGUCUGGCGCGAGUUCUUCGAAACAAAGUAAUACUCGCGUGCAAAUUUUUCAAGAUGAAAAUGCUUGCCCCAACUCGCUUGCAAUUGCUGCUGAACCCGAAAGCUCACAACCUGAAGAAGUCAAAUCUGUUGUUCGCUCAAUUAUUGACGCGGCGCGAAAUCAAGAAAAUCUGAAAGAACCAGGCCCUUGGAAUAAAGCACACGAUAAAAAAAAAUCGGGCAAACUCUUCGGACGAAAUGCAAGGAAUAUCGAUUUAGGUUUUAGUAUACACGAAGAUGUCGAAAUGGAAGAUGAAGAAAAUGAUAACUUCAAAAAACCAUUGCAGCCGCCUAUUACAGAUGGAGAGAAAAAUUACAAUAAACCUUUUAUGUAUCCAACAAAUUUUAGAAGUAAAAAUAUGCCUCAAAGUGUAUGGGUUACUCCGGUUACUAUUGAAAAUGAGUCAGAUCCCCGUACUGUUCCACAAUAUAAUAAAUGUUUCAUGUAUCCCCGACCUAAUGUGGAGUUCCAACCAGAAGAAUAUCGUGCCUUUUGCUGGUUCAAAAGGCGUGGAAUAUCGAAUGAGUUUACUGCAAAACGUAAUACAUAUUGGUGCUGCAAUGAUGUUAAUGCAAAUGUGAGGCAAUAUCCAAACUUUGCUAAGCAGUCUAAACCACAAAAGUUGGGAGAAAUAGACACCUAUUACGAACCUGAAAAGAAAAAAGAACUUGUGAUAUGCUUUACUGAAUUAUAUGACUCCGCUGAAAAGGUUGAAUAUCAAUGGGAAGAAGUGAUGGCAAAGCGUUUACGUCGAAAUAAUACAAUAUUGAUGGCAGCCGAUAUGGAUGAGACACAUUGUGGUGUGAAUGAACGAGCUCAACGGCGCAAAAGCUUCUUUCCUUCUCGAAAGUCAAUAGCUCCAAGGCCAAGUAUAAUGCCCGUGGAAGCUAAAAAUGAUCUUGUUCAAAAUGAAAUCAAUAAGCCACCCACUCAAGCAACGAAUUCAAUAGAAACAACCACAAAGUUAGUUUGCGCCAGUGCACCUACAAUGAAAUCUUCAUUGCCUUUCGAAAUUUUUGAAGAUACAUCUCCUUCAAUAACUCACCCACUUGCCAAAAGUGAUGUUUGCGACGUCCUUGUUGGACAGCAAAAUGAGAUUACAGCAACGGUUGCUAACAGUGAUUUUCAAUUCAAAACACCUGCUCUACCGUCAACAACUAGUUCCACUACAGGAUUGUCAAAAGCUGCAAUAACGAAUAAGUUAGGUUUCGAAAUUUAUACUGAACCUUCCAUUAGGGAGUCUGUACCAAGUCCACUUACCACAGACGGUGCUGUGGGUGGAGUAUUAUUUGACCCUGAAGAAACUUGUUCCACACAGACUUUUAACAUAUUUAUUAAGUCUCAGUCGGUAAGCACGCCGAAAAUGAUACAAAAAGUUGCACCAAGACAAUUUGGUCCAAUAUUAAAAGUAGUGCCGAAUCCACCAGAAAUUUCAACUAGUCCAAUUUCGACACCUACAGUGGAAAACAAUGUUCGCGAUGAACAGGAAAAUAUUCUAAAACCGGCAAUUGAAUACUCGCCUCUGACAAUUAAACAACUUUCCACUAUUUUAGAGACUUCCGAGCAUGGCACCACUCAAGGAACAUGCACAACAGGUGGUACAACAACGAAAUCGUCAAGUAGCACAUCGGACGGUGAAGGAGAGCGUGAGAUCGCUACACGUAUCUUAAUGCCACAUACCGAUUUAGAGCCUCUGGAAGAGCAGUCACGUGAAUCAUCCACUAUACCGAAUGAGGAAAAUAGUAAUAUUCGAAGUAACACAACAACACAAAACAAAAGUACACACAUCGAAGCGCCACUUGAUUUGCCAACUAAUACACCACAAAUUGAGUCCGCACCGCCGGCGCAAAUGCGUUUAAAAUUGGGUUCGGAUGAGCAAGUUUUGCCUUCAAUGCCUACAACUGGUUUUAACUUUUCAAUAUUCGAAGAUGAACAGACUGAACAGUUAAAAAAUAAACACGCUGGUAAUUUUACGCGUAUUGACGACCGCGAAGACACUGCAGCUGGUUAUGCUAUGCGCAGCGUUCGCUUUCAGGAAGAUAAGACUGAGACUAUUCAUAAAAUGCUUUCUAUAGUUAAAUUUCAAGAAGAUAAAACAGAAACAAUAACUAAAUUACCAUUGGCAACAGCUGCUUUGCCCCUUUGUGAAGCGGAACAAACUGGCACAAUACCGAAAAUUACAUUGGAUCCACCUGCUUUGCCAGCAGUAAAAAAUGUUAGCUCUAAUUUAGAUGACUCUUUUGAGUUUUUCGGACAAACACCACCGGGUAAAAGUAUACUACAUCCAAGAUACGAAGUUUCGGCAUUUAAGGAGUGUAUGGAUGCACGUACACCACUGAUGUCAGCUGCUAAGCGAGAAUGUAAAAUGAAAACACCCGACGUGAUGCUUCUGAAAGCUCCUCGUUCUAUACAAAAACAUCUAACAACCUCAACCACGAAAACACACACCGCCACCAACACCAAAGGAAUUGCAAUUUUUGAGGAUGAAGUCGACGAAUUGGCCGCAAUAACAACAAAACCUGUUAGAACUAUAUCACCCAAGAAACCAUUUAGUGUGCAAAAAGUCAUCGGACCAACAGUGCCUGCUAUGCACAAGGUAAUAGCGCGGGAAUCUAUUUUGCCUGAUUUCUCUUUUAUCGAGGAGACACAACCAAAACCCUCGUCAACUAUUGUCAAAACAAGUGCAUUGGCCAAGGAUGAUGAAAAUUGGAUAGACAUUUCAACCAAUUCUAAACCGACUAACGCUGUUUCAAAGGAAAUAAAUGCCAAUAGCGCAGCUGAGCAGAACGCUGCAAACGACGCAAAUGAACAACAAGCUAAAGCGGACCUAAGCGAUUCGUAUUUAAAAGAUUUCUCCGAAAUUUUGGACACACAAGCGGUACAAACUGAUAACAAGUGGCACAGGAUGACGGCAAUAAGUAAACCAACUGAAAAAUUAGCACAUGAAAAUAUAAAUAACUCGUUUCUAAAAGACUUUUCGGCUGUUAUGGAAUCAAGAUCCACCGAGAAUGAAAAGCCAUGGUUACAAAGCAGGUCUACAGCAGAGACUGCUGCGUUAAAUAUCAUACAAAAACCCGAAACAAGUAAAUUGACAGCUGCUGAUUUGAGGAAUGAUGAACAUAAAUUAAAGUUUGAUCUAGGUAAUUCCUAUUUGAAAGAUUUUUCAAUGAUUAUGGAUACACAGCAACUUGAAAACCAAAAGGAACAACAUACAACUCAGCCCCUAGCCAAUCAACUGGAGAUUCCAGAAACACAACCUGCUGAAGAAGUAAAAGAUUUGCAACAAAAUAAAAUGUCUCCAAAAACAACUAAUUCAACCACGAAAGCUCAAUUGCACAUAAAUGAGUCCUAUCUUAAAGAAUUUUCAGUGGCUUUGGAAGAAAAUCAUGCACUCGAAAAAAGCCCAAUUAAACGCACACAAGAACAAUUUCAAAAAUUAACAAUUGAGUCAAUACCAACUACGACAACUGCAUCAACAGCAUUACCACCCACAAAACCGCUAAUGUUUCUAAAUUCUUUUAUGAAAGACUUUUCCGGUUUUCAAGGACCACUUGCUGAGCCACUAUCUACCAAGAAAACCACUACACGUUUAACAUUUUUAAAUGAGUCUAAAAAACUUAACGACUCCGUUCAUAUAAACCCAGCAGCCAGCAAUAUUCACAUUACCGAACUAAAACCAACUAAUGCCAUUCAGAGUUCAGGCAAAUUACACUUCCUCGACAGCUCGCGCUCCAGCCUAGCUCAUCCGCCGCUAACAAAUCGUUUUUCAAGUGAAAAGUACUUUGAGUUAAACGCAGAGACCGCAAUGUUCUCUACGAAUAUUAGCAUGAUUAAGAACUCUACUCUCCUGCAACAAGUUGAGCCUAGCGCCUUUCAAGCGCCAACGCCAAUAAAAGAGAAGUCGCUACAUAUAAAAGUAGAGCCGGUGGACCAAGAUCCUUGCAACAGCUUAGAUAUUAGUAAGAAGCAACAGCAAAAUGUUUUCAAAACACCACCGCCAGCGAUCAACGGAUUACCGCCAAAUGCGUCAGAUGUUGUGCUGCAACCAAGAAUGUCAGUAGCUUCAACUGGCGCUGUGCCAAAGCCAAAGUCAGCUAUUAAAACCCGUGAGAGUAAAAUACCACAACCCCUGAGUCAUACGAAAUCACAUCACACAAACACCGAUAUUGUACAUGUGGUAGAAGAUUCCGUUACAGGCAAACCUGUUACCGAUGAUGAGGAUGAUGCGGAAAUGAGCAUUUACUUUAAGCAAACACCCAAAACUCCAAAAAUUCAGCAGCACAUAUGGAAUGAAUCUUCGCCAUCACCGAAAACACCCUCACAAAAUGUAUAUGUACAUCGAGAGGUUGAUUUAAAUGUAACAAAUCAAAUUAUCGAUAACGUAAAUGUUGAUCCGCAUGUGAAUCCUUUUAAUGGUUAUUUACAAGGUGCCUUUUUAGAACAAAUCGACUUUAGCAACUAUAUAGCAGAAUUACCCAAUUGUAUGAUGGUUGGCCAUGUAUCACGUUUAAAUAGCAAUACUAAAUUGAAAGUCAACGAUAUGGAAUUCGAUGUGCUAAAGUUAGUAGGAGAGGGUGCCUAUGGUGCUGUUUAUUGUGGCACCGAUAAGACUGGCAAGAAAUAUGCGCUGAAACAGGAGCGUCCACCUAAUUUUUGGGAGUACUAUAUAUGCCUAGAAGUGCAUAGCCGGUUGAAUUCAGAUGAUAUGGUCUCUGCUUUUAUGAGUAUUGACUAUGCGCUCAUUGGCAAUAAUGCAAGCAUUCUAAUAUCGCGGUUUUCGGUCCAUGGCUCGCUCAUUACGGUUUGCAAUAAGGUAAAAAAACAUACCUUACGGAAUGUCGACGAAUAUGUAGUCAUGUUGUUGACAUGUCAGCUACUUAGCAUCAUAGAUCAUUUACAUGCUGUUAACAUAAUACAUGCAGACAUCAAAGCGGAUAACUUUAUAUUAAUGGAAAAGUUAGAUUAUAACAGCACUCAGUAUGCAGUGCAAUUGAUUGAUUUUGGUGUCUCCAUAGAUAUGAAACUUUUCAAAUCUGGCCAAAAAUUCAAUUAUGUACACAAUGAAAAUGCCUUCAAGUGUGUAGAGAUGCGUGAGGGCCGUCCAUGGACAUAUCAAUUGGAUUUAUAUGGCUUAGCCGGUGUCAUACAUGUUUUGUUAUUUGGUAAAUUUAUGGAUAUCGAACAACGCCCGAGUGGUAUUUGGAUGCACAAAACGCAUGUGCCGCGCUACAUUAAUCGCACACUAUGGGAUACCAUAUUUCAAGCCUUAUUGAAUGUGCGCGAUUGUGAGACAAUGCCGAACUUACAAAAUCUUCGUGCGCUCAUUAAAGAAGAAAUAGCUGAGAAGGAGAAAUUCGUAAUAAGAAAAAUUGCCGAGUUCAAUUCAGCUUUGAGCGCUUGAAAAA